GGGGGAAGCGCCCGCGGGGUGGGUGAUGUCCUCCCGGGCCGCCAGGAUGGAAAGAGGCGGCGGGGCCCCGCGGGAUGGGGAAGGGGGUCCCUCUCGGGUACGCAGAGCCUGGGCUGACGCCGGCUCAGCUGCUUGGAGCCGUCUCCGUUUUUUGAGCUACUUUUAAGGGAGUUUGUGCCACCAUCACCCCCAUCCACUCCUCCGCCUUCGGUCCCUUGGCACGUCUGACGGGUGAGGUUGGUGGAGUCCCCCUUGCCGCCUGGCCCUGCUGGGACCCCUCAGCUGAUAGAGACGGGGCUCCCUUCCUCCCUAUCGUCUCCAGACGCUUCUCCUUCUUUGUCCGGGUGUUCCCCCCGGUUCUGCCGCGUCCCCGCUGGCGAACAAAGCCUCUGCUCCGGGGGCGCCGGUGACAUCCGUCCGAGGUCUGAGGAAGAAAUGGAGGAACGGCGGGGCUUGGCUUUGCUUGGUUUAGUUUUCCAUCGUAAAUAAUCUACCUGGUGGAGGGGAAGACAUGGGACAACGCUCUUUGUCCGUGAUCUUUUGUUCGGCUGGUGGCUUAUAAAAAAGGCUCCUGCGGCUGUGCGAGGGCUGCCGUGCCCGGCGGGGAUGGGUUCCCGGCGCGGAGCCGGCGAUGGAUGCCGUCUCGGCAUCUCUGGAGUUUAGCGGCAGGAACCCGGCGAUACGGUGGAUCGGCUUGCGGACGGAAAUCGGGGGUUUGAACUCCACCUCCCCUGACAGAUUCAGAGCUCCUAAGUUCCCCCUCUUGUAGCCCUGUCGGCAGCCGGGUGGGAUUCGGCGGCGCUCGGAGCCCCGCGCUCGAUGGAUGCUGGUGUUGCGCAGGGUGAACUUGGCCUAUGGGCUUUCCAAAUAAAGUCUUCAGCAGCAAAGUGCAAUCUUGUUAAUGAUUUCUUAAGGAAGCCACAAGAUUACAGACAAAACUCAGGAGGUGUGACUAGUAAAAAUUUAUCUGGUUCACUCAAAUUAGUGUCAUUUUAACCAUCCAAUAGAAGAGAAAUAUGAUGCCAAACAGAAGUAACCUCUCUUCCUUCCAGAAUGUUGGAUCAGAUUCCAGUAAGAUUAUGGCAGACUAUAGCCACUCACAGAACCAGAUGGAAUUACAAAAUGCUAGUUUGGGAAAGGGUUCUGUGGUGAAUUCCCUUGAAAAUGGUCUCCAGGAUAUUAUGGAAAACCUCAACACAAAGAAAUAUGCAUCAACUCUUAAAUUUAAAACAAAUGGGGACUAUGCUGGCUCUUAUUUAACACUUUCACAACCUAUGCCAAUUAAGCCUAAUCCUUCUACCAGUGUUAAAAAUACACACUCUAUUAACAAAAUUCAAGGAGGCAAGCAGUUCCCCUGUGAAAGCCCGUAUCUUCCAGAUAAAAGCAUCUCUGUAAAGCAUUUGGGUUCCAUAUCAGGCAUGUCUCCAUCCCUCAGCGGGUAUAGUUCUGGAAGGACAGAUUUUGACAUUUAUGCCAGCAGAGAAAAUGAAAAAUCCCUUGGACACAUGGAAAAGUUUCACUACUCGAAGUAUAGUCAGAGAAAUAAAUCUUAUGAUAACAUCUACUUCCCAGGAAUGCUGGAAUCAAAGAAGAUCUCAGGCUCUCUUCUGACUAUGUGGAAUGGAAGCUCAGGGAAUGAGCUGAUGCUUUCACCUGGUAGCAAUUCGGGGGCAGCCAGCAUGCCUUCCAGCCCAAAGCAAGGCAGGAGGAUGAAUGCUGAAAACAGUCUGGCCCUUCAUAUAAAGCCAGUAAAGUACAAGGAUGGGAUGAUGGAAACUCUGGGUUCACAGGCGAGGAAAUACUCUGGUGGAUCUCUAAGUCAUAUGGGAAUGUACAGUCGUUCCCUGCCCAGACUUUAUAAAUCAACAGAAAACCAGCUGGUGCCAUUAAGUUUGCCCCCCAGAAGCUCUCUGGGUAAUAGUAAAAGGAAAAAACUUGGAGAAAAAGAUCUACCUCAGAAUGCUUUUGAUGCUGAUAAUUACCUGAAUUUUUCUUCUUGCAGCUCAGGGGUUUCACCACAUGCAAACUCUGUCUCCAGGAGUAAUCCCUAUGUCAGUUCAACUCUUAGUGUUCCUGCAAGCCCUCGUAUUGCUAAAAAAAUGCUUUUAGCACCUUCUUCCCCAUAUCUCCCUGAUGAUUUUGACAGACUUGGACGCUCAGGAACAAGUCCUGGUAGUUCUUUCUCCCCAGUGGAUUUUGACAGGUCGUUCUCUGUCAGAAGAAACCUUUCCACCAGUUCCAUGGAACUUGAUGACGCAGAUCUGGAAAGUUACAGACAGACACCAAAUUCUUUGCAAACAUCCAUGCAAGAGCGGAAGAACAGCAUUAGCUCGAUUUCAGGAAGGGAAGACCUCAUGGACUAUCACAGGAGGCAGAGGGAAGAGCGACUUCGGGAGCAGGAGAUGGAACGGCUGGAACGACAGCGGCUCGAGACAAUCCUCAAUCUGUGUGCAGAAUACUCCAAAUCAGACAGCGAUCCUGCUGCAGCCACUACAGUUGCUGAUGUUCAGAAAAUUAACAAAGAACUUGAAAAACUUCAACUCUCUGAUGAGGAUUCUGUGUUUGAAGACUCCCAGAUGAAUCUGGAAACAAGGUUCAGAAGCCACUUGAAAUCAUCUGUGAGUGACUCAGAUUUCUCGGAGCUGAGCAGCCACAGCCGUGGCACAGCUGCUUACCUGCUCUCGCGGGGGCUAAGGGCUGAGGAGCACUUCAGUGAGAGCACCAAGCCUCCACCUUUUGCUGCUCCCAGCUUCUUGAAGGACGCCACUGAAUCAUCCUACCUAAGCAUCACACCAAAGGGUGAUCUCUGUGGAUCUCUGUCUGCCGAGUCUUCUGGUGUGAAAUUGUGUAGAACAGGAACAUGCUAUUAUGGCUUGAAUUGCUCUUUCCACGUUGAAGAGAUGAUACCAGAAUGCACCAGUGAAGAGCAGAGAAGGCAGAAGCUUAGUCAGCUGGAGGAGGAACGCAUAGUAAUACUGAAUAACUUGGAAGAACUUGAGCAGAAGAUCAAAGAUUUAAAUGACCAGAUGGAUGAAUCCUCAAGAGAGUUGGAUAUGGAAUGUGCCCUUUUGGAUGGGGAGCAGAAAUCUGAAACAACAGAGCUGCUGAAAGAAAAGGAAAUAUUGGAUCAUCUAAACAGGAAAAUAGCUGAACUGGAGAGAAAUGUUAUUGGUGAAAAGACAAAGGAAAAAAUAAAACUUGAUGCUGAGAGGGAAAAACUAGAGAGGCUUCAGGAGCUUUACUCCGAGCAGAAGACGCAGCUUGAUAAUUGCCCUGAGUCCAUGAGGGAACAGUUACAGCAGCAGCUGAAGAGGGAUGCUGAUAUUCUGGACAUAGAAAGCAAACACUUUGAAGAUUUAGAAUUUCAGCAGCUUGAACAUGAAAGCAGGUUAGAUGAAGAGAAGGAAAAUCUGACACAACAGCUCCUGCAUGAAGUAGCUGAAUAUCAGCGCAGCAUUGUCAGUAGAAAGGAAAAGAUUUCUGCUCUCAAGAAACAAGCCAAUCAUAUUGUCCAACAAGCACAAAGAGAACAAGAUCAUUUUGUAAAAGAGAAAAACAACUUAAUAAUGAUGCUGCAAAGGGAAAAAGAAAAUCUCUGUAAUCUGGAAAAGAAAUAUUCCACACUUUCUGGAGGAAAGGGAUUUCCUGUCAGUCCCAAUAGUCUGAAAGAGGGCUAUAUCAGUGUAAGUGAAAUUAGUGAGCUGUAUGGCAAUUCCACGAAUAUAUCCCCUUCCACUCAGACCCCCUCAGAUGUUGAAGCAGUUGCCACUGAGCCUUCCACGGCUGUGCUGACGAGCCAGCCACAAAAUAAAGAGCAUUUCAGAAGCCUGGAGGAGCGCAAGAAGCAGCACAGGGAGGGCAUGUACCUGAGCGAUACUCUGCCCCGCAAGAAAACAACCCCAUCCGUGUCUCCCCACUUCAACAGUGCCACGCUGGGACGCAACAUUGCAAACAAAGGACAUUUACCAUUAGGACAGAGCAACAGCUGUGGCAGCGUACUUCCUCACUGCCUGGCAACCAUGACCAAAGAGUCAGAGUCAAGAAGGAUGCACAAAGGGUAUAACCAUCAGCUCAUCUGUGAAAACCAAAGACAGAAGUCGCCGGAAUUCUACAGCCGAACAGCAUCAGAAUCCAAUGUGUAUUUGAACAGUUUCCAUUACCCAGAUCGUAGUUACAAGGACCAUGCCUUUGACACAUUAAGCUUAGACAGCUCUGACAGCAUGGAGACGAGCAUAUCAGCAUGCUCACCAGAUAAUAUUUCCAGUGCUAGCACUUCAAAUGUUGCAAGAAUAGAGGAGAUGGAGAGACUUCUCAAACAAGCACAUGCUGAAAAGACUCGGCUGCUUGAGACCAGGGAACGGGAGAUGGAAGCUAAGAAACGAGCUCUGGAAGAAGAAAAACGCCGCAGGGAGCAACUGGAGAAAAGAUUGGAGGAAGAAACGAGCCAGAGGCAAAAAUUAAUUGAGAAAGAAGUCAAAAUACGUGAGAAACAAAGAGCACAGGCCCGUCCCUUGACUCGCUAUUUGCCCGUUAGAAAGGAAGACUUCGACCUACGAAGUCACAUUGAAACAGCUGGGCACAACAUAGAGACCUGUUAUCACAUUUCUCUCACUGAGAAAACCUGCCGAGGCUUUCUGAUUAAAAUGGGAGGGAAAAUUAAAACAUGGAAAAAACGGUGGUUUGUUUUUGACAGAAACAAGAGGACUUUUACUUAUUAUGCAGACAAACACGAAACUAAAUUAAAAGGUGUAAUAUAUUUUCAAGCUAUUGAAGAAGUCUAUUAUGAUCAUCUGAAGAAUGCAUAUAAGAGUCCCAACCCGCUGCUGACCUUCAGUGUUAAGACCCAUGACCGCAUCUACUACAUGGUUGCUCCUUCUCCAGAAGCCAUGAGGAUAUGGAUGGAUGUCAUUGUUACAGGCGCAGAAGGCUACACCCACUUCAUGUUAUAAUAAAAGAGAGCAAUAGGGCAUCCUGCAAUAACAUACCUAAUGAAGUUAGCCAUAGGUAGUGACAGCUGAAAAGCCAGUGAAUACCCUGAAAUGUCCUCCUUAUGAUGUGCACCCAAAACUUCAGAUUGAGAGGAGGUUACAAAUGCAUUGAAAAGGGGGGAUUGUUACCUGUUAUAGUUGAUCUUUAUAGGAAUGGAUGAGCUUAAGCUUUUGAGAGAAUCGUAAUGCUCCAAAAUGGAUAAUCAGGCAAUUUUAAUUACAGCAUCUUGGUUGAAUUGUAAGUUUCUACAAAUUCUCUUAUACAGAGAAUGUCUUCAUAAAUUUAUACUGAACAGUUUACAAGUGUGCGUGUUCUCAUUGAUAUGCAAAAAUUCUAGUAGUGAAACAAAAAAGUGUAAUAUGCAUAUAUUUUAAUAUGCAAAAUUUGACAUUUAUAGAUGAUUAGGUGACUUUUUAAUACCUUUAGUCAAGUAUUUUAUAGAAAUACAAACAGAAAAGAAUCCCUAAGGUACACACAGUUCUUGCCUUAGUAGUUAAGUGUUACAACAGAGCCAAAGAGUUAAAUGAUUCCCUUACAUUUUCAUAUUGUUACUUGUACCUAACUUUCUGUAAAGGGACAGUGCCAAAACUCUUAAUGGCUUUUAAUGUAAUUAAAUUAUUAUAUUCUGUGUGUUCAAACACUUUGUGGCAACAACUCUAUGUUUAAAGUUUGCAUCUAUGGAGCUCAACAAGUAAAAAAAAAGAAACCCCGAGAGGGAUAGCUUUAUAAAGAUGCAUUUUUUUCCACAAGGAUGAGAAAUGGAAACACAUGUAUUAACUUCCUCAUAAAGAGGGGUUUUUUAAAUCCCCCCUGUUGAACAGAAUAAGCUGAUUCUGGACUCUACAGCAAUUUUCUUUUAUAUAAUAUGGUCCCAGUGUCAUUCUAACCUUACUCUGUGCCAAGCGAAAUCUUUCACUCUAUUGAAAUCUCUCAAAUAUUGCCUGCCUUUAAAGCAGCACCAAAAUCUCUACCUGUCUGAAUUCUUUGGAGCCAAGCUUUCAGUCCCAGGGAAUUGUUUUGUUGUUUAAUGUAUAUCUGCACAGAAUAAUGCUGUCAAAUAGAACAAAAAGGGAGAGGUGAAUUCCAAGAGUUUACACUAAGCAGUGUAUGAAUAAAAAACUCUGAAAGUUUGAAGUAGUAGGGAUUGAGAUUCGUAAAGCAGCAAAAAUACUGAUGGUGCAGUGGUCUCCCAUUUUAAAAUCACUUCCAAGUCCUUGAGUAAUAUUGCAAAAAUAUAAAUUAUUUAAUUGAAAUGAACUUCAAGAAAGUGUCAUAUUAUGACUUAAAAGAGGUUCUGUUUGAUUAUAAUUGAAACUUACACACUCUGUGGUUUGUGUACUAGAAGAAAGCACAUUCACCUUUUUUUUCUCUGAUGAAAAGUUAAUGGCUUUUAACUGAACAAAUAAACUGAAACCAGAAUAGAAGUAUGCUGGCAGAAUAUUUUUGUUAUACUUUUUAAACCCUGUAUCUGUAAUGAACAGGUUUGUGGUAUGUACAGGUGAUGUGGUUGUUCUAGCAUGACAAACAUCAGUUUCUACUUGAAUCAUAGAAGAGACUGUUGUUGCAAGAUAAUUGUUAUCAUCUGUGCAGAUCACAGCCUGUAAUCUUUAAUUUAAAAUGCUAUUAAAUAAAUUGCUUUUGUUUAUAGUUAUUAUUUUUUCCUGAUGUAUUUUGAUUUUAUUCCCAAGUAUAGUUAUAAAGGUUUUCUAAUACUGAUUUUUGUAUCCUGCAUGAUGCAAUGAAGGCGUUUCAAUAAACAUUUUUAAAAAUA